AUGCCAAUGCGUGCAAAAAGAGGGCUCAACUUCUCGGACGUGGAAUCCCCCCAACACAUCAAGCUGUCCAACGACAAUGUGCACGACCAGGCAGCAAAUAGAGAGAACAUUCUUUACCAAUCCCUACUGCGCAACGAAGUAGGCAAUGGCAAUAUUGAGCGUUUGCCCUCGACGCUAACGCAAGAAACUGUUUUAAAAUCGCCGCCGCUCAUGAACUUCAAGCGAAAACAUUUUAACCCCGAAGACUUGCCCAAUACUUUUUCCUUAUCUCCGAUUUCCGCCAACUCCGAAAAACUGCUCAAAAGCCCACGAAAAGCCGUCCGUAAAAUUCCAAAAAGCCCAUUCAAAGUUCUCGACGCACCCGACCUGCAAGACGACUUCUACCUCAACCUUGUCGACUGGUCUUCCACAAAUGUCCUUUCCGUCGGCUUGUCGACGUGUGUCUACCUCUGGUCCGCCCAUACAAGUCAAGUUACUAGAUUAUGUGAUCUAGCGCCUGAUGCGGACAAUGUUAAUUCUGUUGCAUGGAACGACAAGGGAAAUUAUGUUGCAGUGGGAACGGCGAAGGGACAUGUUCAGAUUUGGGACGCGAUCGCGACGAAAAAGAUCCAGACAAUCGAAGGUCACCAGAUGCGCGUGGGAGCCCUCGCCUGGAACGGAGAGCAGUUGAGCUCUGGAAGCAGAGAUCGAACUAUCCUCCAGCGAGAUAUCCGUUGCCCCUCGACGAGCGAGCGAAAGUUACAAGGCCAUCGACAAGAAAUAUGUGGCCUAAAAUGGUCGCCCGAUGGGCAAUAUCUCGCUAGUGGCGGAAACGACAACAAGCUGCUUGUGUGGAAUAAACACGGCGCUACCAGUCCCAUGCAGACGUAUUCCGAUCACAUUGCGGCGGUGAAAGCGAUCGCAUGGUCUCCUCAUCAACAUGGUUUGUUAGCAUCUGGAGGUGGAACUGCAGAUCGGUGCAUAAAAUUUUGGAAUACUCUUACUCAAGCUCCUUUACAAAGCGUCGAUACUGGAUCGCAAGUUUGCAAUCUCGCCUGGUCAAAGCACACGAAUGAGCUAGUUUCGACACACGGAUACUCGCAAAACCAAAUCCUCAUCUGGCGAUAUCCCUCCCUCACCCAAGUUGCCAAGCUUACCGGACACACUUACAGAGUUCUCUACCUCGCGACAAGCCCGGACGGCGAAUGCAUUGUCACGGGCGCCGGCGACGAAACACUCCGAUUUUGGAACGUCUUCUCGAAAAUGCGAUCCACGCGUGAACCAUCAAGCGUGUUAAAUUUAUUUAACAACAUUCGCUAG